AUGCCGCCGACCGUCAUCAACGUCGCCCGAGCGGACGACGUCCGCGACGUGGUGCAUCGGGCUGUCCAGGCCCUCGCCGAAGGGCAGCUGGUGGCCAUCCCGACCGAGACGGUAUACGGCAUCGCCGCCAGCGCGACCCACCCGGACGCCGUCGCCCGGCUAGCGGCCGCCAAGGGCCGCGACAUGGCCUCGCCGUUCGCCCUGGCGGUGAAGAGCGUCGAGGACGCCGAGGACUACGCCCCCGGCUGGAACGCCGUCGCGAGGCGUCUGGCGCGUCGCUGCUGGCCGGGGCCGGUGACCCUGGUGGUGGAGGCCAACAGGCAGGAGGGGCUGCUCAGGCAGCUUCCUGAGGCCGUCCUGCCCUACGUGUGCCCCAACGGCUCGGUGGGCCUGCGGUCGCCGGCGAAUCAGCUCGUGCAGGACAUCCUCAGGAUGCUGGCCGGGCCGAUCGCCCUGUCGAGCGCCAACAAGUCGGGCGAACCCGACGCCACCACCGCCAAGGAUUGCGUCGAGGCCCUGGGGGACAAGCUGUCCCUGGUGCUCGAUGACGGCCCGGCGCGGUAUGGUCAGCCCUCGUCGGUAGUGCGGAUAACCGAAACCGGCUUCGAGGUCCUCCGUGAAGGGGUCGUCGGCCGGCCUACGCUCGAAAGGCUGUCGCGAAUGCUUGUGAUCUUCGUCUGCACCGGAAACACCUGCCGCAGCCCGCUGGCGGAGGUCCUGAUGCGUCGCCGGCUGGCCGACGAGUUGGGCGUCGCCGAGGACGAACUGGAGCAGAGCGGCGUGAUGGUGGCCUCGGCGGGGAUUGCCGCAGCCGCCGGCAGCCCGGCGAGCCCUGAAACGGCGGAAGUCCUUCGUAAGCAAGGACUUUCGUGCGACGCCCACUCCGCCCAGCAGCUCACCGAGCACCUCGUCCGCCAGGCGGAUUGGCUGUUCGCGAUGACCCCCUCGCACGUAGAAUCGAUCCUAAGCCUCUGGCCCGAGGCGGCUGGUCGUGUCAAGCUGGUGGACGCUUCAGGCGGCGCCAUCAGCGACCCAAUCGGCGGGCCGCUGGAGGUCUACGAGAGGUGUGCCGAGCAGAUCCGCGCCGGGGUGGAACGCCACGCCGAGCAGAUCCUCACCGAGCUGCGUGCCUCGACCAAUAAGUAA